AUGUUGGCCAGUUCGGUUUUCACUUUUCUCUUAUUUCUCUGGCCUCCCCAAGUUUUGGGACAAAAGAAGAAGGUCACAGAGGACCCCAUUGAUAAGAUACAAGUCCAAGCCAACUUUAACAUGGACAAGGUAAGUAUCAACAGGCAACUUAGUCAAUUCAGGAGGAAUUGGGACACAUAGUGUGGACAGAGUGAGAGAGAUAUAAAGUAUCAAACAAGACGUAACAAGGAGAUUUAUAUUUUAAUACCUUUAAGACCAGUGAUAUUUAAUGUGCCAUUAUUGCAGUCUGGGCCUUAAAAUCCUAUCAGGACUAUUCACUAAGGUGGGAAUUCAAAGUAAAUUUCAGUCAGCUAUGCUUCCAUUUUGUCUACUUUGGCCUUACAUUUUAAAUUCACUAUAAAUUCUCACUAUAGUAAAUAAAUAACCCUGAAUAUAUUCUGUUUAUUUUGCACUGUCAGCUCACCGGUUUCUUAUGAUGAAAUAGUUCUGUCAUUGGUCAUUAGGGGGUAUAACGAAUCAAUGGUCUGGUCACCCCUUGGGUACCUAAAGGAAUCAUUUCACUUAUAUGUAUUUUUUGGGAUAAUGUUUAGGAGCUGUAAGACGUGUUCAGUUUUUCUGGUUGUUUUGAGUCUGUGAGCCACAGAUUAAGCCUUUACCCUGUUUUGUGAUCACAAUACCUAAAAAAGUUACUUUGGUGUAAUUCAGAUUUAGCGAUAAUGUGUAGAUAAAUGUGAGAGAGUGGUAGAGCAAAGAGGGGGUUAAUUUAGAAUUAAGAGUUCAUAAAACCUCUAAAACAUUAAUUUAGUACAUUUUGUUCAGAAAAUAGUUGACAUGUAACUAAUGAUUUUACAGCCAGAUUGGAAACAGAGAAAGUUUAGUUCUAUUAAUGUAGUUAUUGUCGAACCUCUUGACACCUCGGGGUUGCAGGUAAUAUUCACAGCAGAGUCAACGCAGCCUUUUUCCUUCCAAGGUUAAUAAAUGAGUAACAUUGAGGUAAAUAGCUCAAGCAGCAUAGUAAUGGAAUUAACAUUGUAAUGCCGGACUUGUGUUAUGUGACUUGGCCUGAAUUAUACAAUGCAGGCAGAUAAGGGGGGUGGCAGAGUGAUUUCCAACAUCUGUAUUGAGUUGGGUAUUAGGGGUCAUUGAAUAUUUUGUAUUGAGCAGGUGUAGGUAAAAGGUAGAUCCUCAAUGGCUGUAGAACUCUCACAAUUCCUUACCAGGAGGGCAUCUACUAUUUGCCCACCACUAUAAGGUACUACAUGUUUGUAGUACCUGAGUGUUUGAAUAUGACUUUUUUUGUAUGGCGUAGGUGUAUGUAAACGCAGGGGUGUAUUUGUGUGUAGUAUUGGUGUUUGAAUCCUGAAGUGUAUUUGUGUGUAGUAUUGGUGUUUGAAUCCUGAAGUGUAUUUGUGUGUAGUAUAUGUGUAUUUGGAUGUAGAUUUGUUUUCAUACGGAGUAUGUGUGCGUGAUUACAAGUGUGUAUUUCUGAUGUAGUGCUGGCAUAUGAAUGCAGGGUAUAUUCACAUACAAUUACACAGAUUUGCACACACACAAACACAGCUACCCUUAAAGAGUUAUACACAGACAGACACAUAUACAGACCUACAUACACUGACACAUUCACACACAGUUACAGAAAAGACAUAUUUGUAGCCAGCCUCUUGUUUCAUUACUUUUUGGGUGCAGGAGGGUGGCUUCCCUGGGGUCCAGGAAGAGCGGGCUGCAGCAGGUGACAGUAGGUUGGAUCUGGCUGCGGCUGAUGGGAGAGAACUGCCACUGGUCCAAGCUCCAUCUCACUCUUCUGUCUCCGCUACUCCUCUCUGUCUCUCUACUAUCCCAUGCGCACUCUCUGUGCGCUUGGAAUUAAUGAAGUAUAAUCACUUUCCCCUGUCACAGAGGACGCUUGGUGGCGAUGGCAAAAUGGCAGGGGCAAGAUACAGCGCACAGGACAUGUUCCAGAACUCGUUUUUGCCAGUACAGUAUCCAACUCAUGCUGGUAUAUUAGACAGUCAGGCUGAGUAGAUAACCUUUUCUCUGUCUGGGAUUGUCGCUUUAUAAGUAAAAGAACAAUAAAUCUAAUUUUGUAAACGUGUCUCAAAAAUAUUUCCUUUGCCCCUGGUGUGCCCAAUGAUUGCUUGUAAAAUGAAAAAUGUGACGUGCGCAGAAAAAUGUCUUAGUCCAUGUACUGUUACUUUACAGGGAACACAUAGCAAUGGGGGAGGUUUAUAAAAGGGUCACCUAAACCUUUGCAUUUCAUUUUCUGCAAAGUUUUGGUUUGAUUUGUCAGACACACUCAGCCUAUCAAUGUGUUCCCACUGACAAAAAUAGUACAGACCUUUUUUUUCGAUGAGCACCCAUUCAUAGACUGAAGGUAAGAUGGUGCCCAGUCCCCGUAACAGCUUAGCGACAUGCAUCAUUUCACAAUUAUUUUUUUAAACCAGUAAGCAAACACUUUUAACUAAAUAUAUAAACCAAUAUAAAGUAAGACAAACUUUGAAAAGUCUGUAGUAAACAUUUACAAACUUAUUAUGAACUUGGUCAGAUUGCGUUGUUGGACACGCCUCUCAGCUAGGGGAGUUUCUUCACCCCUCCUCUCCUUCUGGCCCACCCAGCUCAGUUUCAGACCAGUCCACUAAUGACAGAAACAUGGCAUCCUUGUACAGUAGCAGGAGAUGAUCUGCAUGAUCACACUGAGCAGAUGUUGCAAGGUGACGAGCUCUUCCAACUGCACACGUGUAAAUGUGUCAGACACACCCAGUACACUUUUCCAUUAUUCCUAGGGAUAGGAUACUGAUUGGUUAGAUCAGUGUACCCCCUGGAGCAGGUGUGGAAAGCAUAAGAAAGAAGCAGAAAAAUAUUUUAAGUAAUGCUUAAGCUUUGAAAUGAGACAGUUGUCUCAAGGUGAUGCAUGUUCCUUUUAAAUAAGCAUAUGUUGUUGUGGGUGUGAGAGAAUUCCAUUAAUUCUAUUUUUCGGAGCACUCAAAAACAUAUUUGUUAAAUGUAGGGAGAAUAAUAAAGGUACGAGAUAGUAUUUUUCACUUCGAUACUGUGUGCCCUGACCCGAUGUUUUCUGCUGACAGUUUGCAGGACAGUGGUAUCUGCUGUCUGUCGCAUCAGAAUGUAAUUAUCUGAAAGCAAACAACCAUCGCGUGGAGGCAACAACGAUCAAGGCUGCGCGAUCCACAAAACCAAGGGAGACGGAGAACCUGCUUGUUCAUACGCUGCGGAAAAUGUAAGGAGACUUUCAAUCUCUCAUGCCGUUUGAGAUAGGAGUAUUAAUGAAUCCAAUACAUAAUAUCUAUUUUUAUUCCCAGGGCUAAACCACUGAGAUUUUACUGCUAUAUAUUGAAUGUCAUGUUUAUUUUUAUAGGGACGGGAUCUGCUGGGAGAUUAAACAACAAUAUCGCAAGAACAAAAUCAACGGCAGGUUCAUAUUAAAAGGUUGGUCCACACCCCACGCCCCACAGCUUUCUGUAGCUUGUAUUGCCAGACGUUGAAGACUGAUGAAAUCCUUUCUGUUUGCCCAGUUCGUGGAUCUAUUCGGCAGCUGGACAUGGUGGUGGCAGAGACAGAUUACGAGAAUUACGCCAUUCUGUAUUACCAGCGGCAAAAGAAAAUUACCAUUAAGCUAUACGGUCAGUUUGUGUCCACUCCAACCCCUCCAUAG